AUCUCGUCGUGGUAGGCUGUUAUCUAACAGCAGGCUCUAGCGGGACCAAAUUGGGAUCUGGAAAAAGGUCUUUGGAGCCUUCUUCUGUGCUGAGACCCGUGAGUGGGUGAAAGUGUGUGAGUGGUGCCCACGGUCACAGUGGUAGUGUGUGGUUCUGAAACGCAACAGUCGAUGCAGACAGGAUUCUCGAGUGUCGUCUUUGAGUGGCCAAACGAUUUUACAUUUGCAGCAAAGGAUCUGAAGUUAGUGCUUGCUAAGAAGUUGAAGUAGGCGGACGGGUCCGAAACCUGCGGAGCAGGUUGCAGUGUAGGACUGAAAAGGCAAAAAAGAAGAAAAAUUCUAUCAAAACUCAACCGACUAGAAUGGAGUGACAUCACACCAGUUUGGUUCCGGUAGAUUAAGGUCACCACUACGCAAGGAGAACAGAGUCGUUCAACGGGGCUCUCAGUGAGUUGCAAUGCAAACAACCGACCCGGGGGGAAACGGCCAGGGACCCACUGCUGCGGCUAACAACAGCUACAACAAUACUACGUCGUCAUCGACUUCGCAACCGAAACCGCCACCACCGUUGCCCCCAGCGCCGGGAUCAUGGGCAUCGCUGAAGGCUGGUAUCCUGCGAUGGCGUGGUUCGAGACGCCUGGUACUCGUCAUCGUUGCCAUUGCACUGCUGCUCGACAAUAUGCUGCUGACCGUCGUUGUGCCAAUUAUACCCGAGUUCCUGUAUGACAUCAGGCAUCCGGAUGCACCGCUAGCUAGCUUCCCCAAAACUCCUCCAACGACGUUGUCUCCGUGCGAGAAGGAAUCUACCACACCGUACAAUGGGAUUGACAUCACCACUCCUGGAUAUGAUAACGCCAGUUGGUACGCUGAAAGGGAGGAGCGCCAUAAGGAACUGGUGGAGGAAACAGUUGAAGUUGGUCUCAUGUUUGCAUCGAAAGCCUUCGUCCAGCUGCUCGCUAAUCCAAUAGUCGGGCCAUUAACGUAUAAGAUAGGUUAUAGCAUUCCCAUGUUCGCUGGGUUCGUCAUUAUGUUCAUUUCAACGAUAAUUUUCGCAUUCGGUAGAACGUACUCCGUUCUCUUCCUAGCUAGAGCAUUGCAGGGUAUUGGCUCGUCCUGUUCGUCCGUGUCCGGCAUGGGUAUGCUGGCCGAUCGGUACACCGACGACAAGGAGCGUGGAAACGCCAUGGGCAUAGCAUUAGGUGGAUUAGCGUUAGGCGUACUUAUAGGGCCUCCUUUCGGUGGCAUCAUGUAUGAAUUUGUCGGGAAAUCGGCUCCCUUCCUGAUCCUUUCGGCUCUGGCCCUUGGCGAUGGACUUCUUCAGCUGGUGAUGUUGCAACCAUCGGUGACAAUAGAGGAAUCUGAUCCACCAUCACUGAAGGAACUGGUCAUGGAUCCCUACAUCAUUAUCGCGGCCGGAGCGAUCACGUUUGCUAACAUGGGCAUCGCUAUGCUGGAACCAUCGUUGCCAAUCUGGAUGAUGGACAAUAUGGGCGCUAGUCGGUGGGAGCAGGGUGUGACCUUCUUGCCUGCUUCGAUAAGUUAUCUCAUCGGAACCAAUCUCUUUGGACCGCUAGGACAUCGAAUUGGACGAUGGCUGGCAGCACUUCUCGGACUGGUUAUCAUCGGGCUAUGCUUGCUUUGUAUACCCAUGGCUACUUCUAUUCACCAUCUGAUUCUACCCAACGCCGGACUUGGAUUUGCUAUCGGCAUGGUAGAUUCAUGCAUGAUGCCGGAAUUGGGCUAUUUGGUGGAUAUCCGACACAGUGCCGUGUACGGCAGUGUUUACGCCAUUGGAGACGUGGCCUUCUGCCUGGGCUUUGCUAUUGGACCCGCACUAAGUGGCACCUUGGUAAACUCCAUCGGUUUCGAGUGGAUGUUGGUGGGAAUUGCAAUUCUAUGCUUCCUGUACGCACCAUUAUUGACACUGCUCCGGGCGCCACCCACCAAAGAGGAAAAGAAGUCUCUGAUUGUUGGUGAGCGAUCAUCGGUGCGAUAUGUAACCUACCAGAACGAGGACGACGACGAGUAAAAUUGAACGAAUACGGACAUUCAAACCACUGUACAUUGCACGGAUAUCCAAACAGCUCGACGGCAGGUAAAAGCUUCAAAAGGUCUGUUCACAAAAAGAAAGAGCAGGACCUUCUAAAAUGGUCUACUGGUAUUUUAGAAAAGUUUUUAUAAUUAACAAUUUACAAAAUUUUAAACCUGAGAAACUCGAAAUGGUAUGUAAUUACCGUGGGACUACACUUGUUGAAAAGAGCACUGAGAAAAAUACUAUUCGAAAGGAAAUAGAUCGUAUAAAUAAACACACAUGUAACUGUACACGCUAAGCGUAAAAAGACUACCCAAGAAAACUUUGAAAACUAAAUCACAAACAUUACCACGUAUCUCUCGCGGACAAAAACUCCCGCCUUGAGAAGAGUACUUCUCAAAAAGGGAAUAAAUGACAGGUACACGAAAACUUUUAGCUCAUAAUUAGGAUUACUCCCUGCGAACUCUCAAAGUCAAUCGGUUUCCGGAGUGGUUUUGGUCCUUCCCAAUUAUACUUUACGUUUGCUAUGAAUUUCGAUGAUUUUUAAAUUCUAGCUAGCUAGUUUAUCUGUUGUACGUUCUGUUAGCUAUUUAAUGAUUUGUACCAGAAUGACACUUUGAGACAUAUUGAAAAAAAAAGCAAAUUUAAACCUUAUUAUUUUUUAAUCAAUGUCCUCAAUAACCAUCACAUAUGAUCGAAACCACAACCGAAACCGAAUUAAACCAUAGCAACAGGCAGAUCAAAACAUCACACGCUCACAUAAAGCACUAUGCUACUGAAAUGACAUAUGGUUUGUUUUUGGUGAAAUAGUGGUUUGGAAUGUCUUAAUAUUUUCAACAAUGGUUCAUCUCAAUUAUCAAUAUACUAUUCAAAGCUGCUUUGCUCCAACCAGUUACUUUGAACGGCGUUCAGCAUACUCCAAAAUGCUUUGGAACGUUAUAGAAAUUAGGAUCGCUGUACGACUUCAGAUAAUUGCAGCAAAUAUACAACAAUCGAUCGGGCAGAAAAAUGCACACAAAACGCUGUUCCAAACAUCCACAUCUCGGCAUUUUUGGCACAGUCCUAGUUAGACUUUUCUUGAUCGCGAUUAGAACGCCGCCUCUAGCGACGUUGAUGACUAAUAAAAAAGUGGCGAUCGCAUUGGUAAGGAAUUCGUCGUAAACUCUGAUUUUUAUAUAACCAUCGCGUAACCAAGUUUCGAUGAGACCGAUAAGGUAAUCGUAGGAAGUAAGAGCAAGCUAGAAUGUGAAAUUUUUGUUCUCAUUCCACGAACGUUUUGGUAGUAGACAGACAGGAAAUCUGUAGAAAAUAAGUUGGCGGGAUGGAUGGAUUGAUGAAAAUAUCGAAGCUUACCUCACAGCAAUCAGGAAUGGAAGCGAAGUGCUGAGGUCUCCGAAAAUACUGACCAACUCAUUCUACAUCCUGGAAUUCGUGAAAUUGAAUACCUAUGGGUCAUGUAUUCAUUGACAUAGCCUGUAUCUUAAGACUAUCUGAUAUGCUCACGUUGAACAACACAAAUUUUUCGAUAUCUCCAGGAGCUACUAUAAUAGUAUCAGAGCUAGAAUUUGCCGUUCCAAGUCGGACUUUUGCCGGACGAUGAGAUGCGUUAUCCUCGGCGUUGCUCACGUCACGCUGAUUUUAGUGCUUGAUCUUACUUACUUGGGGCAGAAUGGUGCAAAAAGCCGAUAGGAGUCGGCUUCUUUUAUUCUUUUAUAGAUGCUACGCCGCCAUGAGCAUUUGGGUCUGCCUCUACUGCGACGUCAUACUGGGUUCCGGUCUGAUGCUUGUUUACAAAUAUCGUUUCCGCCCCUACCUAAGGUAAGGGCCGACCCAGCCGCACUUCCGUUCCCGAAUUUGAGUUUGCUCUCCACCUCUGGAUACAACGACGAUGCGGGGCCACCAGACAAAUUAUGUACUGCUGGCAUCUGCGAUAAUCACCUGCAGCCGUUGGUCAAUAUCUCAAUACCAACAUUCAAAAUUCUCCACUGAUUUCCCGUCUACUUUAAAGCUGGAAUGGUUCGUCUAAUUGUGGGGUAGCUAAAUAGUUGUCCUUCCCCAGAACUAUUAUACUGUUCCCAACCCCUUGAGCUUUAAGCUCAAUUUUCCAGAUACGAGCCGACGCGCCAGCUAAGUCCGAGCGCCAACCCGAAAGAACCGUUGAUGUGGCAAAGGCGACGCUAUUCAUAGACAACGAUUUGGUUUUAUUGAAGUUGAUGAUUAAACCUGCCAAUGAGAAGCGUUUGGUAAGGUCGCUGAGCUUACUCUGCAUAUCAGAACGCUGUUGAACUAGGAGUUCAAAGUUAUCUGCCAAUUCAAAAUCGAUUAGAUGCUCUAUGGUAAUGGGCUGGCAUAGCAGCCCACGGUUUGGAUGACGGUCAAUGGAACCUUCCAGAAUCUCGUCGAUUACGAUACAUUCUUACCUCCCACUAGCUACAACUCGGAUGGAAUCGGACAAGUCCAAUUUGUGCAGCACUCUGCACAAGAAUGUCUCGUACUGUGCCUAUAUAACACCGACGAUUUUCUCAGGAACUCCCUUGCGUCUCUAAGCGCUUCACAUAUUCUUGUGAUUGCAGCGAUCGAAAGCGUUUUUUCGUAGUCAUUGAAAACUAAACUCUUGGAACUCCUGCUUCAGAAUAAUACGAAGCAUGACAAUAUGUUCCACUCGCAAACGCUAUCUUUCGGUACGGAAUCCGGCAUAUUGCCGCCGGAGAGUCACAUCAGUCUACUCCUGAAUCCGAGCUAGGAUCACAUUCUAUAGAACUUUGUACACAUUAACAUAAUUAGUUCGAGAAGUACGAUGUCCGCUGUUUUCCGCGAGCAAACUGUUAAAAUGCCGAGGUGGGUCCAGCGAUUCGUGGUGAAGCGUGACUUCCGAUACGCUGGCGCCCCAGCGAUCCGAAAUCGGUACUUCAUCUCACACCAUUCAUCUAGCCUCUGGCGAAUGACUUAGAUCACACCGAUGGAGAGUCCGCUCUGACCAGUCUACUAGCAUUUCGUGUCUCCCUCCGCAUGCAGCAUUCCACAUCUUCAGACAGAGUGAUGCAGAUUGGUAUUAUCCCGGCAACGACGCAUACCGCCUCCGACGGUAUAGCUAUUUAUGCGCCCGUGACACGAGCAGUCACUAAGCGAAACGAGGUCGUCAACUUCGCCCUGAUUUGCUUUGAGUGCAGUCCGAAACGCUAUACCUCAGUAUUGAGGACAAGACAUCCUUCAGUAGACGGCUCUUGCUGCAUCUUGCUCCUCCUCCGAUGUUCAACAUGAUCCUUGCCACUGCGUUAGUUGUCCUCGCUGCUUUCCCACAGAAAUAGGCGGCGUGGCUAUUGAAAUUUAAUCGAUAGUCGACCAUCACACCCAGGGGAUUCAGUGCACGGAUUCACUACCGCCAUGACGAUAGCGAUCACUUGCUAGGUUACACUGACCGUUAUACUUCCAUUGCCACAAGCAGUAUUAAUAUUUUUGUCAUCCCAAAUUCUAGAUUCAGACCACUGUGUACUGUAAGGAACUCGUCGUUGGAGAUCCAAUGGUCACCAACAUUUUCACCGUCUACAUCGGCGUACGAUUUAGGUGGCCGUGCGGUUGGGCCGUCGUUUGAGAAGGGAUUCUCCAAGAUAGUCUU